AUGCAGGUCAUAGGCGAAAGGAACGUGCACAGAGCGGCUUCCACCGCAACGAACGCUCCGCCGGCAUCAUCCUCGGCUGCCAGCAGAAGGGCAGCCCCGCGACAUGCCGAGGACAUCAGUCGGCCGCAGAAGCUGCCGGACAGACAGGUGUCCUUCGACAUGGAUGGCAUUCCGGGUCCAGAUUCCGAAAGACCGCGAAAGCACACGGAUCCAGACGAUUUCAUCGCGAGAUUCAACCAUGCCGACGCUGCCGAAGCUGUAGCGGCGGUAACAGCUUCAGACGAUUUAGUGCCGCCGCCCCUUCCCCCACCCAACGAGCCACCGGCUCCAGAGGAGCAGGGCUUCUACGAGAUCCAUGAAGCAUCUCCGGAAGCAGUGCUCAUCGCGAAUGUCGGACAGGUCCAGCCGGAGAGUCAUGCACCAGAUUUCCGUUGCAUAGGCUGUGAUGGAGGAGCAGCCCAAAGAGGCCUUGUGGAGCAGAGUGAGUUGACAGGGAAGUUGAAGGUCGAGAGCCCUCGAAGCAGGCUCAAGCGGCGCUGCGGGGAGACGGGAAGGGCGGGUGCGAACUGGCAAAUGGCGGCUGCAGGGGUGCGUGCUGGAAGGGCUCGUUUCGCGUUUGCAAGGUGCCAGGCAAACCUGGUGGCUGGUCGCCGAAGCGUUGCAGCGGUUCCGCCGUCUGCUCGCUGGCUUCUGAAGGAGAGCUCGCGCCAGCCGGCUUACAGCCCGGAUGGCCGAUUGCGCCCCGGUCUGAACGUGCUGGAACCCGGCCAGUGGCUGCUGAAGGAUGAGGAUGAUGCCGAGAUCAUCGCGAUGAAGCGAGCUGUGCUUGAUGAUCCACAGGUCGGUCAGAGCUUGUGGGUCUCCGAUGGGCGAGCAUCGACCGUAGCGGCUGAGGAGGAGCUGUACUCCUUGGUUGCAGCCUGCCAACCAGUCCGGGAGCCCGUUCAGAGCCGACCUCUGAUCACGGCAGCGGCACGGCUUGUCAGGGAAGACCUCAUACUGUUGCGACAGCACGGCGACACUCCUGCUGCGAUGUGCUCUGCAUGCGUCUGCUUUUCCUUUGGCCAACUGCUGACCAAGCUUGGCGCCCCCCUUGCCGAUAUACACUCUCCGGUCCCUGGGUAUGCAAAGAGCCUGCGCAGACCUCUGGAUCGGAUCUUUGCCAAACUCGGACCCGACAAGAGCUUCUGGAGAGCCAACUUUGAGUUCCGAUGGUCUGGGGAGUUGCUGCAUCCCUCCGCACGGGGCGAUCCGAGCUUGAAGGGAGACUUGUCCCACAAAGCCGGUGAGCCUGUUGACGACAGCCUGGGCCCUGCCGAUAUGUACUUGAGGGUCGAGUAUCAGACGCUUCGCCGCCUGCCAGAUUCGCAGCACAUUGCUUUCACCGUUCGCUCCUACACUGACCCCCUGCCUUGUAUUGCUGAAUCGCCCGCUUGUGCCGUUGCUCUGGCAGACCGCGUGAACGGGCUUAGCCCCGACUUUGCUGCAUACAAGGGGAUCAGCGCGAGUAUGCGACCCCGCAUUGAGGCAUAUCUGAGACGAUGA